AUGGCGACCUACGACAAGGCGAUCGAGUCGUACAAGAAGGCGGUGACGACGGCGGCGUCGCUGGCGGCGUCGGCGAUGCUGGUGCGCGGCGUGGUGAACGAGCUGGUCCCCUACGAGGUGCGGGAGUUCCUCUUCUCCGGGCUGGGCUACCUGCGGUCGCGCAUGUCGUCGCAGCACACGGUGGUGAUCGAGGAGACGGAAGGGUGGGCGAGCAACCAGCUGUACGACGCGGCGCGCACGUACCUGGCGACGCGGAUCAACGCCGACAUGCAGCGCCUCCGCGUGAGCCGCGUCGACGAGGGCAAGAGCCUCAUGUUCAGCAUGGAGGAGGGCGAGGAGAUGGCCGACGUCCACGACGGCGCCGAGUUCAGGUGGCGCCUCGUCUGCCGCGACGGCGCCGGCGCCGGCAGCGGCAGCGGCAGCGGCAGCGGCCACGCCCGCGGCGGCGGCGGCAGCGGCGGCGGCAACUACCGCGUCGAGGUCCGCUCCUUCGAGAUGAGCUUCCACAGGCGGCACAAGGAGAAGGCCAUCGCGUCCUACCUCCCGCACAUCCUCGCCGAGGCCAAGAAGAUCAAGGACCAGGACAGGACGCUCAAGAUCUACAUGAACGAGGGCGAGUCCUGGUUCGCCAUCGGCCUCCACCACCCCUCCACCUUCACCACGCUGGCCAUGGACCGCGAGAUGAAGCGGUCGGUCAUGGACGACCUCCAGAGGUUCGUCAGGAGGAAGGAGUACUACAAGCGGAUCGGCAGGGCCUGGAAGCGGGGGUACCUGCUCUACGGCCCGCCUGGGACCGGCAAGUCCAGCCUCAUUGCGGCCAUGGCCAACUACCUCAAGUUUGAUGUCUACGAUCUCGAGCUGACCGAGGUGAACUGGAAUUUCACGCUGCGGAGGCUGCUCAUCGGGAUGACCAACCGCUCCAUCCUCGUCAUCGAGGACAUCGACUGCUCCGUCGAUCUGCAGCAACGUGCAGAGGAAGGCCAGGAUGGUACAAAAUCCAGUCCUCCUCCUCCAGAGGACAAGGUGACACUAUCUGGGCUACUCAACUUCGUGGAUGGCCUCUGGUCAACAAGUGGGGAGGAGAGGAUCAUUAUCUUCACAACGAACUACAAGGAGCGGCUCGACCCAGCGCUUCUUCGGCCAGGCAGGAUGGACAUGCACAUCCACAUGGGGUACUGCUGCCCGGAGUCCUUCAGAAUCCUGGCCUCCAACUACCACUCCAUCACCGAGCACGACACGUACCCUGAGAUAGAAGCACUGAUCAAGGAGGUGAUGGUGACUCCAGCAGAGGUCGCGGAAGUGCUUAUGAGGAACGACGACACCGACAUCGCGCUCGAGGGCCUUAUCCAGUUCCUCAAGGGAAAGAAGGGUGAUGCCAAGGGCAGCCAAGGUGAAAACGUGGAGCAUGUGACCAAAGAGGACGAAAAACAGACGAUGCCGACGAAAAAAGAUGGCCCCCGAGUCGAUCAAAAUCUCAAUGAUGCAGGCAAACAAUGA